AUGUUCCGCUUCGCAAGGGCUUCGCUGCGGACACUCGCACGACCAGCGCUCGCACCGGCUGCACGCAUCGCCCAGCCCGCCGCACUCGCCAUCGCCGCACGGCCACAGACGGCUGCUCUCCGAGCCACACCGUCUCUCCACACCCUCGGCGCACGGCUGCAGUCGACCGUCGCCGCAGAGGCCGAGGCGGAACCGGUCGAAUCCGCCGAGCAGGAGCAGGAGACCAAGGCGCCCGUCCCCAAGACCUACGCGUCCAUCCAGGGCUCAUUCCACGCUCCCGUCUUCCGCGCCAUCACCCAGAAGCCGUUCCAGUAUGCGACAAUGACCGACGUCCAGGCCGAGGUCAUGGCCCGCCUGCCUCGCCUCGCAGCGAGCCCCUCGGUAGACAACGACCUCCCCGACGAGGUCCGCCACGCCCAGGACCUCCUCGUCCGCGCAAAGACGGGAACCGGCAAGACCCUCGCCUUCCUCGUCCCCGCACUCGAGGGCCGCCUCAAGCAGCUCGAGGACUUUGUCGAGCAGUACAAGAAGGACAACGAAGGCGCGUCCCCGCAGGACGUCCGCCGCGCCCUCGCCGGCUUCGCGGGCUCGACCGUCGGCGCCCUCAUCAUCUCGCCGACUCGCGAGCUCGCGACCCAGAUCGCCAACGAGGCCAUGGCCUUGACGACCCACCUCCCGCAGUUCGGCGUCCGCCUCCUCGUCGGUGGCGCGUCCAAGGGCCAGCAGAUCCGUGACUGGCGCCGCGCACCGAGCAACGACAUCGUCGUCGCGACGCCCGGCCGCUGCGUCGACCUCCUCCAGUCCGAGGGCUCCAUCGGCAGGCCCGUCUCGACCGCGCGCCUCCUCAUCCUCGACGAGGCCGACACGCUCCUCGACAUGGGCUUCGCCGACGACAUCAACACGAUCUCCAAGAUGCUCCCGCCCGUCGAGCAGCGCCAGACCUUCCUCUUCUCCGCCACCGUCUCGAGCAACAUCCGCCAGAUCGCCCGCAAGUCGCUCAAGCGCGACCACGAGUACAUCGACACCGUACCCGCCGACGAGGUCGACACCCACCUCCACAUCCCGCAGUUCUACACGACCCUCCCGACCGCCGAGCACCAGCUCGAGCACGUCUUCCGCCUCCUCGCCCACGACCAGCUCCUCCACGCCCGCACCGCGGCCGAGAACGGCGGCACCGGCGGCGGCAAGGCCGUCGUCUUCCUCCCGACGACGCGCAUGACGCAGCUCUUUGCCCAGCUCCUCGUCGCGAUGAAGCCGCACCUGCCGUGGGGACGCGACACCAACAUUGUCGAGAUCCACUCGAAGAAGGACCAGAACCAGCGCACGCGCGCGUCGGACCAGUUCCGCUCGGCCAAGACGGGCUACUCGAUCCUCGUCACGUCCGACGUCUCGGCGCGCGGCGUCGACUACCCGAACGUCACCCGCGUCAUCCAGGUCGGCGUCCCCGGCACCCGCGACCUCUACAUCCACCGCGUCGGCCGCACCGGUCGCGCCGGCAAACAAGGACGCGGCGACCUCGUCCUCCUGCCGUGGGAGGCCGGCUUCCUCUCGUGGCAGCUCAAGGACAUCCCGCUCAAGGAGAACACGGUCGGCCAGCUCAAGCGCGAGCUCGAGCAGCUCGCCGCCGACUGGGACGCCAACCCCGCCGAGUUUGCCGCGCCGCCCGCCGCCGCCGCCCCCCAGAGGCGCUCGGUCGGCCGCUACGGCUCGCGCGACCAGUCGUACGGCCGCGUGCCGACCAUCCCCGCCCAGCUCUCGCCGCGCCUCAACUCGCUCAGCGAGUCGCUCAAGACCAACGUCCUCCCGACGCUCGACUCGUACGACAUCCGCGAGGUGUUUGCGACCCUGUGCGGCUACUACAUCAACAAGGCGCACGAGCUCCGCUGCACCAAGGACGUCGUCCUCCAGGGCCUCAAGAACUGGGCCGUCGAGGCGCUCGGCGCCGAGGAGGAGCCGCACGUCUCGAGCGCGUUCCUGCAAAAGGUCGGCAUGUCGAGCGGCAAGACCAAGAACCGCACCCGCCGCGCACUCGACUUUGGCUACCGCGGCACGUCCGACCGCGACCGCGACGAGGGCAGCUUUGGCGGCGGGUUCAGCAGCGGAGGGUACGGCGGCGGGUACAAGCCGAACGACCGGUACGGCGGCGGACCCUCGUUCGACCGCACCCCUCGGCGCGUGUCGGGCCGCAGCGGCGGCGGCGCGCACUGGGAGGGCCGCGGAAAGGUCGUCAAGCCGUCGCGCAGCCGCUACUAG